GAACGAAAACAAAUAAAUACUCACCCAUCCUGUCUGAGAUUUUGCUCUAUGAACUGACCCUGUGUGACAAUAACGUGAAAGUUCAACAGUUCAGAGGUCAGUGAACUCUGCUCAGUGAUCAAGUUCAACGUUGGUCACGGCGUUGGUAUGCGCAGAUCGAAAACAUUGAAUUUUACUAGUAUCGCGAUACUCCCAAGCUCGUUUGGCAUGACCGCCUUAAACAUGACACAUUUUCAUUCAACAAAAUGUUUAAUAACAUUGUUUAACUGAAAGAGUAACUUCAAUAUUCUUCAAACAGAACAAAAUCGGAAGAUUUCAUAAUUCUACUUGAAAAUACCUGAUGUAAAACAUUGUUUACUUAACUCGAUACUGUAACGUUGUGUGAUAAUAUCGAAUAGAAUAACGGGAGAUCACUCCUUUGACGGAAGGCAGGUUCGUGCCACCUAAAGUAGAACUUCAGCAGAAAGGACUAAAAGUGCAGGCUGUGAACUCGAGAACAAUCUACUGUGUGUUACACCACUGUGAUUAUAAGUGCAUCAGAUCAAGGUCGAUCCUUAACGUCUUAAGGUUUUCUCAGGGAUUUUUGACUACGCUGAAUCGGUCGAAGGUGCAGCCAUGGCUUCAAGUUCGAGCCCUACGAGGAAGUAUGACAUGAUCGUUUUUGGAGCGUCUGGGUUUACCGGUCAGUAUGUUGUGGACGAAGUCGCCCGCGUUGCAGAAGAAGAGGGACUGAAAUGGGCAGUUUCUGGACGAAAUAUGGACAAGCUGCAGAAAGUCCUGGGUGAUGCAUCCCAGCGUACAGGAAUGAACUUGGAAGAAGUCCCUGUUGUUAUUGCUGACACUGGUAGUCCUACGUCUUUGCUGGAAAUGGCCGAACAGACAAAACUUGUCCUAAACUGUGUUGGUCCCUAUCGCUUCUAUGGAGAGCAAGUGGUCAAGGCAUGUGUUGAAGGUGGUGCCCACCAUCUCGAUAUCAGUGGAGAGCCACAGUAUCUGGAAAAGAUGCAGUUAAUGUACAAUGGAAAGGCAAAAGAAAAUGGUGUCUUUGUGAUUGGAGCUGUUGGCUUUGACAGUAUUCCAGCAGAAAUGGGCAUGCUGUAUACUCAGAAGCAGUUUACUGGAGGUCAACUCUCCAAUGUUGAAAGCUUUCUGACAACUGAGACUGGCAAUGAUGGUGCAGCCAUCAACACGGGCACCUUGGAGUCGGCUAUUCAUGGUUUUGCUCAUGCUAAAGAGCUGAAGCCUUUGAGAAGGUCUUUGUUCCCAGACCCGAUGCCCAAGUAUGACUUCAGACUCCCUAAAAGGUCCACUUUGUUCUUUAGUAAAGAAGUGAACAAAUGGUGCCUCCCAUUUCCUGGGAGCGACAAGUCCGUUGUCACACGGACAAUCAGGAAUCUCUUGUCUACUGACAGACUGGAAAAGCCAAUUGAGUUCUGCCCCUAUGUGGCGUGCAAAAGUCUCGGAGCUGCUCUUGGUGUCAUGGUCUUUGCUGUUAUUUUUGCCCUCAUGACCAGCUUCUCCCUUGGCCAGUCUUUGUUGAUGAAGUAUCCACACAUCUUCUCUUUUGGUGCUUUCAAGAAAGGUGGACCAACCAAAAAACAGAUUGAUUCUACAUCCUUCGCCAUGACAUUUGUUGGACAUGGCUACCCUAAUGUGGAGAAGGACAGAAGUGGACAAAAGCCGAACAAGAUUGUCAUCACCAAAGUUAUGGGUCCAGAACCAGGGUAUGUCACCACACCAAUCUGCAUGGUUCAGUCUGCUGUCACAGUGCUGAAGUGCAAGGACAAGUUUGGCCAGCCAGGAGGCGUCAUGACUGCUGGAAGUGCCUUCUGGGACACAGAUCUGAUCGAGCGCUUGGAGAAGCACAACAUGAAGUUUGUCACUGUGUCUGAGAACAAACGAGACUGAGCUUUCGGAAGAAAUACCUGGUUUUCGUGGGGUUGUUUUUUUUCCUUUAAAUGUAUCGACUGAUCCUAUUUUACCCACCAUAACUGAGAACAAUGGACAUAUUUUUGUGUGUAAUUCCGUAUUAUAUAUUCACAGUGCGUUGGGAUUAAGAUUGUUCUAGUCGAUUGCCAAGUUCCCUUUCUUUUAAAGCGUUAAAAUAUUGAUAUUGAUACUAUUUCAGGUGCAGACUUUUGCUGCAGAAAUGAUUACUGGGAAUGUGUGUAGGAAAGAUGAACAAUAAAAUUGGUUUGAUGGAAAUUUGUCAGAUAUGCUUCUUUUAUAUUGAAAAGGAUGUCAAGUUAACUUUGCCUUCAGACUACAUGUUCCCUAGGGGGGAAUUAAUUGGCUUUUUCCCUCUAGAGGUAUGGAGUAAGCCUUUAAACUAUUUUUUACAUCUGUUUAGAGGUGAUUAGAAAAGCGCCUGAAGCAUUUUGACUGAAAUGGUACCCAGUGGAAAUUAAUUGCCUUUUUUCCAUCUGGAGGUAUGAAGUAAGCCUUUAAAAAAAUGUUUGGUCUGUUUAGAGGUGAUCAGAAAAGUUCUGAAAAAGUUUAUGACUUUUUUUAUGGGGACUGUACGCCUUACAAACCUCGUUCUUUCAGUCACUGAUUCUAUCAUGUGAAGUAUCUAAAAAAAAUUUUGGACAAAUUUUGUAUGGCUUAGGUUAUUUUUUUUCACUUUUAGUAUUAUUUUGUAAGAUUUGCCUUUUACUUUCUUUGCCAAGAAUUUUUUUCUGUAAUCCAGUCUUUCAAAUUUUGUCUUGUUCUGAAAGGAACAUACAGUAUAGUUUUUUGGUAAGGGUAAUGUUAAAAAGGCAUUAACAUUUAUUCAAUACUCACGUCUUAUACAACAAUGCUCUAAAGCUGAACAGAGCUGUGAAUGCUUGAUAAAAAUCAGCAAUUAGACUUGGUUGCUUCUAGUAGCAAUCCUUUAUAGAAUGGUGAAGGUUUUUUUUUUUUUUUCUUCUUUUAGUAGAGUCUGCAUUCGGUCGCUCCCUCUCAUGUAUGAACAUUUAUGAUAUAUGAUUUGUGCAUUUAGUUUCUUUACCAAAACUUUUUUGCUUUCAAUUUCAAUAGCUGAGCACAGUUUUUGUGUGUGUUUUCUCUUUAUACUCAUAUAAUGUUCUAUAGCAUAUCAUCCUGUAAACUACACUUUACAGUUUACUGACAGACGCAAAGAUUCAAUAUCAAUGUCGUUUCUCUUUCACUUUAUUAUUGAACUACACAUUAGGAAUACACAGGUAUGGGAUAUAAAUUUUAUAUUACUUUGAUAUUAGUUCAUAUGUAAUCUUAACUCACAAUACGUGAAAGAUUAAGGUGUGCUUCUAACAUGCUGCAAUACUGUUUGUCCCCGUGAGGACUGAGAUGGUAAACUGGAAAUAGCUUGGAGUUAUUGUGAAGUCGCUUGAGCUUUCUAUUUCAAGAAAUACACAUCUAUAAAUAACCUUGUAUCAAACUUUAAGGGCCCUUCUGCGUUAUCAAUUAUCAGCUACAAGAGACUUUAUCAAGUGUAUCUUGGUGACUCUGAACACAUUGUUCUUUUGGCACAUGAACCGUUUCUUUUUCUAAAUCUUUUUUCAAGUUUUUUUGUGGUUUUUAUGAGUGGGUGUUCCUGUUUUUUUGUGUGCAAAUUCUUUGUAAACUACAACCUGACUGCAAAAACCGUCCCUUUCUCUUUUCUUUUGCCUCAUAACGUUGUGAGGAAAGAAGAGAAAGAAAGCCGUGUCUACUUGAAAGAGACCAUGUGCUCUUUAUUAUUUAUAAAUUUAUAUUAAACUUAUGUUGAAAACCAAUCUUUAUUUGGCUGUGUUUUGGUUCUUUGAUUCCGUCUGCUUCACUUUUUGUUUUUUAUCUGAACUUUUGUUUUGUUUGUUUUGAGAUACUUACUGAUCUUACUCCUGCUUUGUUUUAAUUCUUUUAUUUUGUCUACAUACCAUUGUACCUGUAUUUAUUUUGAGAUAUUUUUAGUUGUAAUUUAAAUUUGCUCACAGAUUUUCUUGUAUGUAAAGCUUGGAGUCUGGUGAGAGCUAUGCUAUGGAUAGUUCAUCAGUUCUAAAGGUUUGUUUCAAAUAAAAUUUCUUAACUUCAGAUUGGUCAUGUAAAAUGGAAUAUUAGUGUUGAAGAUAAGUCUGUUCAUCAUUUUGUCCCCUUGUUUCUCUUCUGUGUCAAACAGGGGUUUCCGUAAGCUGUUUGUGGUCUUAAGUUUUCUUCAAGUUGUGUAAAAUUGCUUUAAAUUAUUUGUCACUUGCGAAAAUCUGAAGUCUCAAUCUCCUUCUGCUUAUUAGGGGUGUUAACCAUGAAAGUUUUAGUUGAACAAAGGCUCUUCACAUUAAUUGUGGUCAUAGCAACCCAUUAAUAGAUCAUCCACAUAUGAGAUCUCAGCUGGCUUCAAGUUGUACAUUCCAAUAAGUUACUGACAUGAAGGCCAGAAAUUUCUUAUAUUAUAUCAUGUCAAAUAAUUUUCUUCAUCGGCUGUUUAUAAUUAUAAAAUGUGGGAUAUUUGUACCUUUUCAAGGAGAAAUAAAGGUUGAGGGCCUAAAGGCACUUCAGGGAUGUUAAUUAUUCUUGUUUGUUUAGAGUAGAGGAUAUUCUAUAGAAUUGUAGAGGAUAUUCUAUAGAAUUACUGUUUACUUUACAGUGGUCUUCUGUUUCUAUAAGAUAACAAUAGUAAUGAAGUUUAGUAAUGAAGUUGCUCACCAAAGUGUACUCAUCAUAACUUCUUUUUGGUGUUGGUCUCCAACAGUUUGACAUCAAGAGUAAAUGAUUGUUUAAGAAUAUUUGAAGUAAAUGACUACCCCUUUAUGAUACUGCAACAGACAGAACCCCUGCUAAAUAUCAGUUUUUUCUUUUUGGGCCUGUUCUUGGCCAAGAAUAGAAAUGUUUAGUUUUUUUAAUGGGUUACAAUUUUUCUAGAAUGGGACAUUAUCUUUUACAUAUAUUGAGCCAUGAUUCAUGUUUGUAGUUUUCAAGAGGUCUUGUACCCAUACGCCUCUCUUUUCUCCUCAGGUUGUGGGUUUUAUUGUAGGCUUUGAUUUGUUGUUUCCAUUGGUUUUACGUAUGAUUCUUGUUUAAAAACAUCAGUUUGGCAUGCAGUCUCUGUCAGUAUCAUUAUUCAUUGAAGAAAAAUGAAAUUUCCAUUAGUCAAAGGGUGAAGCGUCUUUUCCUUUUCUUCUGACAUCCACUGUGUUCCAAAUUUUGCAAAGAGCCAAAAAGUAUUGAACUGGUUUGCAUGACAUCGAUUGCAUGCGAUACUGACUGACAAUUUUGACCAUUUUUCAGGUAAUUUAUCAGGUAUGCAAUUAUUUAUGACAUACAUGUAUUCAUGUGUAUUGGGAUUCACGCUUUGCUUUUUUAAUUUAAAUAAAUCUUUCUAUUGCUAUUUGAUCCAUCAAUUCCAAAAGCUUUUCUGUUUUGUUUGCAUACAAUGUAAUUAAAGUUUAAUUGUCCAAAAA